AAAUCCAAAUUCGCUUUCUCUGCAAAACAGCUUCUCUGUAACCCUAACCCAAAUUCAUCAGUUCCAGCCCCGUUUUCCCUCUCUCUCCCCAUGUCGAUCCCACCAGCUUCAGCCACCACUCCUUCCUCUUCCUCCUCGCAGUUCACCUACCAAACGACUACCACUCCGUCCUACUUCCCCAUGCCGUUUCAUCUGCAGCAACAGCCCCAGCCCUACGUGGCGCCGGCCCAGCCCGUGCCCAUUGGACCUGGUGCCCCCGUUUACCCCGCGCCGGUGGCCCCUGUUGCUGGUGUGUACUCCCUUCCUCAAUAUCAGCAGGCACAACAAUUAUUUCAAAGGGAUGCUCAGAUAGUUACUCCUGAAGCAUUAGAGAGCGUAAAAGCUGCACUUGCUAGUAGUGAGAUUGAGCACAAGGCAGAAACUAAAAAGAAAGCAAUCCCUCGUAAAGCUGCAGGUCAAUCAUGGGAGGAUCCAACCCUUGCAGAUUGGCCAGAAAAUGAUUUUCGGCUAUUUUGUGGAGAUCUUGGUAAUGAGGUGAAUGAUGAUGUUCUUUCCAAAGCUUUUUCACGAUUUCCUUCCUUUAAUAUGGCUAGAGUUGUUAGAGAUAAGCGGACUGGCAAAACCAAGGGCUAUGGAUUUGUUAGCUUUGCUAAUCUGUCGGACAUUGCUGCAGCUCUCAAGGAGAUGAAUGGUAAAUACGUUGGCAAUCGGCCUAUCAAACUACGCAAAAGCAAUUGGAAGGAUAGAACAAACUAUGAGGCCCUUGAAAGGCAGAAGAACCAUAAUCAAAAGAAACCAAAGCCUUCAAAGAAGGGAAUACUGCACAAGUGAGUUGAAAAACGUGUGUGGUUUCCUAUUCUUUUUAUUUUCUCCUUUUCCUUAGGGGUCGACUGGAGCAAUUAACUGUUCCCAAACAAAAUAUGGGUUGUACUUUGUACCAUUAAAUCUUCCUUAUCACUUCAUUUGCAACAUUAUUACUGUAUAAGAAGUUAAUUACUUAAAUAAAUUUAAAAAUUUCAA